AACAUGACCUUCUGUGCGUGUGAAUGAGCCUCUGAGCCUGGGCUCCGCGGUGCUGAAGGGACAGCUCCUCCGCUCUCUGACACCUGCAGAUAUGUUCACCAGGAUGUUAAAACUGAGGCUUCUCAAUGCUGUAGCUCCAGCCUACUUCUUCAUGGCUACAGCAGUCACCUUCAUUUUACACUUCUGCUUCUUCCUCCCAACAAUCUUCCCAAACCCGCACACAUCACUGAAGGCGUCUACAACUCUCCACACAGUUGUUUUCCUUUUCCUGAUGUUCAACGCACUGGGGAACUACAUAAUGACUAUUAAGUAUCCUGCCGAAAGCGCCAACGAGACUGUGGUUCCGGUGUGUUCGGCUCACUGCUCAGACAAAGUGGACGCUCACUACCUCCUGAACGGUCGGCACUUCUGCAAACUGUGUAAGAAAGUCAUCCUAAAGAGGGAUCACCACUGCUUUUUUACUGGAAACUGCAUUGGCAACAAAAACAUGCGCUACUUCAUCAUGUUCUGCAUCUACACCUCAUGCACUUGUUUGUACUCGCUGGUUCUCGGUGUGGCCUUUCUAACGGUGGAGUAUUCCAUCUCCUUUGAGAACCCACUGACCUUCCUGACUCUUCUCCCUCUCUCCACUGGCUACUUCUUCACAGGAACAAUUUCAGGCUCGCAGUUGUUCCUGGUGCUGAUGCUCUAUGUGUGGCUGGGCAUCGGUCUGGUCUGUGCAGGCUUCUGUUGCCAGCAGGUGCUGCUGGUGGCCCGGGGACAGACCUGGUGUCAGAUGCAGAGGGGGCAGCUCGUGGAGAACCGCAGCCCAUGGAGAAACAACCUCAAGGAUGUGUUUGGAACCCGCUGGAUCCUUGGCCUUAUCCUGCCUGUGCAGACUGCGGAUACAUGCUCUGAAGACACGGAUGCACAUAAGCAAGACUGA